AUGCAAGAUGAUGCUCCUGACGAUGGUGAAGAUGGCGAUGGUGGAGACCCUCAAGAACCUCCAUCAACUCGACGCCGCACUGGCGAUCAUCCUGGUGUGGACUUGGACUUGCCACCGGGUGAUCAACCGGAUUUGGACUUUCUGCCGGUUCCUGAGCCCAUUGCUGACCCACCUGACUUGGACUUGGACUUGCAGUCAGCUGGGGAACGCAGUGUGAGCUACUCGCCAUCAAUUGCACCAGACGAAGCUGGUGGACCUCCGAUUGGCCCUGAACUUCAAGAUGCAGGUGAUUCUCCAAUCCAUGUGGACUCUGAUGAACCUGGACUUGAACCACCUCAUCCUGAAACACCAGCGGUGCACACCAGAGCACCAUCAAUGGCAGCUGAACCUGCUGCACCUGAGCCUCUUCCAGUGCAACCACCUGAACCUUCUUCAAUGCCACCUGCACCAACAUCUACCAACUUGAACCUCUAUGAGCCUGCUGGCCCUGAAGAGGAGUUUCGACAUCGACGUAUCCUAAUGGAUCGAGCCGAGACCUCAAUCUUUGGUCCUAUGCGGCAACAUCGUCAACGACAAUCCCAGCCCUAUGACAAGGACAAGGACGAUCAGAAAGAUCGAGAUCGAGAUGUCCGUGAACACUACAUGCAGUCCUUUGAUGUACUUGACCAGCGGUUCUUGGACUUUGAAUGGACCGGCUGCACCAUCUUCCAGAUCUCUGGCAAAGCUCGCCGUGAAAUGGGUAUGUUUGCCAGCUUGCCUUCCAAACGUUUGGGCAAGGACACAAAGAUCAAGAUGGCCAAACAGCACAAGAAGGUUGCCAACAGUUCCAUCAACGAAAGACUGCUCUCUCCUGAUGAUCCCAACAUGGACCAACAUGCUGCGCCGCCACCUCAACGACUUCGAGUCAUCAAUGAGGAUGUGAUGGAUGAAGAACUUGGAGAUGAAACUGAAACGCAAGAUGCUGAAAUCCCUGCGAAUGCUGCUGUCGCCUCUGGUGUCUACAUGGUGCACACCGACGAGGUGAUUGAAUAUAUCAACACAGUCCUGCCACAGUCCGAGGGAAUCAAUGUGUAUGAGGGAGCGAUCUUCGAAAAGAUGCGCUACUACCUUGGUUUCACAAGUGCCGCUGGCAUUUUGUCAGCCCUGCCCAAAGUUGAGCCUGGCAUUUUGUUUUUCAUGGUUUUGCUUGUGAUGUUUUUGGUGGUGAUUUUGGCCGCCUACGUCAAACUCAAGCUCAAGAAGGCCUUUGAUGAUGGAUAUCUGGCCGCCAUGACCGAUGCGCGGGGUGCGAUUGCACGGAGCCGAGCCCUGCCAAUACUUUUUGCAAGGAUGGACUAUGAGCAACAGCAUAUAGCCCAAGAGUACAGAAACUUUGCCCGAAACCGGGACUUUCUGGAAAACGCUGAUCGCCAGCGUGAUGCUGGAGUGGACAUCAUGCGAAGGGCUUUGAUCGAAUCCUUCGAUCAUGCUGAUGUUUGUCCGUUGAGUGACUUGAUUUGGGUCACCAACGACAAUAUCUGGCAUGCGCAACCGCAAUGCCGGAACCUGCCCAGUGGUCGCCUGAACGAAGCCAAUGGAGUGAGAAGAUUUCAACCGUGCCCGACCUGUUCGACUGGUGAGAUCACUCCGUAUGCGCUGGAUGGCCGUGGUGUGUCUCUUUUAAGAGAAUUAGAGACAUGGAUCACUGAGCAAGGUGCAACUGCAUGGCCUGUAGCAAUGCAUGGUUGA